UGUCACAUCAGGAUCCGCUGCAGACUUUCCGUAUGCGCAAUGACUGCGUAAAGUAAAAGGAGACAACUUUUCCGUAGCUCUCCAGGAGCCAGAUCCCACCAGCACACGGCAGAACACUCCUUUGUAGCCCGUGCUUCACCGUCGCGAUGGCCGGGCUGGCCGCCGGCCUCCCCGCCUCUCUGCUCCUCCUGCUGCUGUCCUGCUGCGCUCCCGUCCGGGGAUAUUUUGCGGAGGAGCGCUGGAGCCCCGAGUCUUCGCUCCUCGCCCCCCGGGUCCUGGUUGCCCUCAUUUGCAGAAACUCCGAGCACUCUUUGCCGUAUUUUCUGGGCACGGUCGAGCGGCUGAACUAUCCCAAAGACCGCAUGGCUCUCUGGGUGGCAACUGAUCACAAUGAAGACAACACUACAGCCAUUCUGCGUGACUGGCUUGUGAAGGUCCAGAACCUUUAUCAUUACGUGGAGUGGCGGCCAAAAGAAGAACCCAGCCAUUAUGCAGAUGAAGAAGGUCCGAAGCACUGGACAGAUCUCCGCUAUGAGCACGUCAUGAAGCUCCGGCAAGUUGCUCUGGAGUCUGCCCGUGACAUGUGGGCAGACUAUUUUAUGCUGGCAGACUGUGAUAACCUCCUCACCAAUUCCGAUGUGCUCUGGAAGCUGAUGAAAGAGAACAAGACGAUCAUCGCGCCGAUGCUCGAGUCCCGAGCGGCUUACUCUAACUUCUGGUGUGGAAUGACUUCUCAGGGCUACUACAGGCGGACUCCUGCCUACAUCCCUAUAAGAAAGCAUGUCCGCAAAGGGUGCUACGCAGUUCCCAUGGUCCACUCCACCUUCUUGAUCGACCUGAGGAAGGAGGCGUCCAGGCAGCUGGCCUUCCACCCUCCACAUCCAGACUACAGCUGGGCUUUCGACGACAUCAUUGUGUUUGCGUUCUCCGCUCGGAUGGCGGAUGUUCAAAUGUUUGUUUGUAACAAGGAGACCUACGGUUACUUCCCUGUGCCAUUACGCUCCCACAAUACUUUGCAGGACGAAGCCGAGAGCUUCUUGCACACCCUCUUAGAGGUGAACGUGCGACAUCCCCAAGUGAUGCCUUCCAAAUAUGUCCGCGUUCCCAAAAAACAGCCCGACAAAAUGGGAUUUGAUGAGGUGUUUAUGAUAAAUCUCCAGAGGCGGACUGACCGUCGAGAUCGGAUGCUGAGCGCGUUGUACGAGCAGCAGAUCGCCUGUAAGGUUUUUGCAGCUGUAGAUGGAAAAGCAAUGAAUGUCAGUGAAAUUCAUUCCAUGGGCAUCCAUAUGCUUCCGGGAUACAGUGACCCUUACCACGGUCGACCCCUGACAAAGGGAGAGCUGGGAUGCUUUCUGUCUCACUAUAACAUCUGGAAAGAGAUCGUGGAGCGGGGCUUGGAGACGUCUCUGGUGAUCGAAGACGAUCUGCGCUUCGAGGUCUUCUUCAAGCGUCGGUUAAUGAACCUGAUGAGUGAGGUGAAGGAUGAAGGGCUGGACUGGGAUCUCAUUUAUAUCGGGCGGAAGAGAAUGCAAGUGGAUCACCCAGAGAAAGCAGUGCCGAACAUACACAACCUGGUGGAGGCAGACUAUUCGUACUGGACUCUGGGAUAUAUGAUCUCACUACAGGGUGCGGAGAAGCUUUUGAAAGCAGAGCCGCUAAAGAAGAUUUUGCCAGUGGAUGAGUUUCUUCCCAUCAUGUAUGAUAAACAUCCUGUGUCUGACUACAUGGAGCAGUUUGAAACCAGGAACCUGAAAGCGUUUUCCGCAGAGCCUCUGUUAGUGUAUCCGACUCACUACACAGGCGAUCCAGGGUACAUCAGUGACACCGAGACCUCCACGGUCUGGGAUAAUGAAAAGGUCCGUACGGACUGGGACAGGGCGCGCUCAGGGAAAACCCGGGAGCAGGCGGAGAUCAGCUCCGAGGCCCAGAACUCGGACGUGCUGCAGUCUCCUCUGGACAGCACGGCGCGGGACGAACUGUGAGACGAGCGAGAGCUCCGGAAAAACGUAAAGGUGCUCUGGGCAAACGGCUCAGUUCAAUAAUUAACGGCUUAUUGGAUGUGGCAUCGAGUUUUGUCGAAAGAUUUAAUUUAUCACAUGACCAGUUAAAGGGAUCAUGGCGGUCUGUUACGUCAGUGUGUAGCUUUGACUUUUUAAAGGCACUAGACUUGCCAUGUGGAAUGGCAUUUGCAGUACCCAACUUCUGUCUGUCAUACAGAAACGAUCCGAUGUUUUAGCACGGGAUUAUUCAGAUUGAUACAUUUCAUUGCUUUCAAUUAUCGUAAAUUUGACAACGCACUGUGAAACACUUUGUCAUUGUACAUUUCUAUAAAUUGCUAAGACAACAGACACACACUCCAAGUCACUGAACAAAAUUUAGACUGAAUACAAGCCUUCAUGUCUAGUUUGUGCUUAAUGCUCUGAAUGUUUGAAGCAGCGUUUUUUUUUUUCCCUGUUCUUGACUUUUCUUUUUUGUUUCAUAUCACAUCUUUUGUCAAUAAUCUUCAGACAGACUCUGUUGCUACUUUUGCAAACUCUUCCGGACUAAUGCCGCAAACCAGCUGUCGGAUGGCUUCAAUCACAAAAACCUGUAUCCUCUGUCUUGUUAUGCUCUCACAAGUUUGUUUGACUACUUUAACACUUUUCAAUACAACAGAACCGCGUCAGGUUUUCCAGAGCUUUGGCUGAGGUAAUCACAGAGGUAAUCAUUUUAAUCUCAACCUGAAUAUUGUGUGUAUGGUUUUUUUUGACAGCACCACGCCGAAAAGUGCUUCUUAAGUUCUUUGCAUGGUUAUUUACCAACGGAUGGUCAAAACACUCAGUGUCCUUAUCAAAAUCUCAAAUCUCAGUAUGAAACAUGUAGUUUAAUUAUUAUGGCUCAGAGUAUUUAGCAAAAAUAUACAUUACCUUUAAAAAGGCAGAUUUGGAAUAGACUGAUAAUUUUGUAUUGCAUAAGAUUCUUUAAGUAUGCCUGAGUAUAUCUUCUCUUUAACUUCCUUUUUUUUUUAACUCUUAAUCAGUUCACUUAAUCUGAGACUUUUUUUAAUCACUUUGCAAGAUACGGUACCAAGUUUCAUUUAUGUCACUUCUUUCAGAUUAUUUUAAUCUGUCAUAGUUUCUCUGUCACCUGGCUGGAUAUCUCAAGAACAACGAAAUAUUGUUAGGUGCCAAUCGUAUGUUUUACAAAGAUAUAUUUGUGAUGUGUCGUGCCAACUAAAAUAAAAUGUUUUAUUUUUAA